GCCAUGGGGUCCGAGGACCAUGGGGCCCAGAACCCGAGCUGCAAGAUCAUGACGUUCCGCCCGACCAUGGAGGAGUUCAAAGACUUCAACAAAUACGUGGCCUACAUUGAGUCCCAGGGCGCCCACCGCGCGGGCCUGGCCAAGAUCAUCCCCCCAAAGGAGUGGAAGCCACGGCAGACGUACGAUGACAUUGAUGACGUGGUCAUCCCGGCGCCCAUCCAGCAGGUGGUGACGGGCCAGUCGGGCCUCUUUACGCAGUACAACAUCCAGAAGAAGGCCAUGACUGUCGGCGAGUACCGCCGCCUGGCCAACAGUGAGAAGUACUGCACUCCGCGGCACCAGGACUUUGACGAUCUGGAACGCAAGUACUGGAAGAACCUCACCUUUAUGUCACCCAUCUACGGGGCAGACAUCAGCGGCUCUCUAUAUGAUGACGACGUGGCUCAGUGGAACAUCGGGAGCCUGCGGACCAUCCUGGACAUGGUGGAGCGUGAGUGUGGCACGGUCAUUGAGGGUGUCAACACGCCUUACCUGUACUUCGGCAUGUGGAAGACUACCUUCGCCUGGCACACGGAGGACAUGGAUCUGUACAGCAUUAACUACCUGCACUUCGGGGAGCCCAAGUCCUGGUACGCCAUCCCGCCAGAACACGGCAAGCGCCUGGAGCGACUGGCCAUAGGCUUCUUCCCUGGGAGCUCCCAGGGCUGUGAUGCCUUCCUGCGCCACAAAAUGACCCUCAUCUCUCCCAUCAUCCUCAAAAAGUACGGCAUCCCCUUCAGCCGGAUCACACAGGAAGCUGGGGAAUUCAUGAUCACUUUUCCCUACGGCUACCACGCGGGAUUCAACCAUGGAUUCAACUGUGCCGAGUCCACCAAUUUCGCCACCUUGCGGUGGAUUGACUAUGGCAAAGUAGCCACCCAGUGCACGUGCCGGAAGGACAUGGUGAAGAUCUCGAUGGACGUCUUCGUGCGCAUCCUGCAGCCGGAACGCUAUGAGCAGUGGAAGCAGGGCAAGGACCUAACGGUGCUUGACCACACGCGGCCCACCGCGCUCAGUAGCCCGGCGCUCAGCUCCUGGAGCGCGUCCUGCGCCUCCCUUAAGGCCAAGCUCUUGCGCAGGUCCCACCGGAAGCGGAGUCAGCCCAAGAAGCCCAAGUCAGAAGACCCUAAGGCCCUCGGAGAGGGCGUUGCAGCUGGGGCGACCCUCCUAGAGGACACCGGUCGGGGAGCUAAGGAGGAGGCCACGCAGGAGGUGGACCCUGAGGAGGAAGAGGGUGCGGAAGGUCAGUGUCAGCCACGUGGUAGGGUCCAAGCAGAAGGUGAAGAAGAGGACGGGAGGGGCAAGCUGCGGCCAGCCAAGACCAAGUGUGACCGGAAGAAGAAGACCUAUGGGCCCCUGCACUCCCACCUCCCCCUCUUGCCACCCCAACUGCCCCUGCCCCCAGUGCCCCCAAUCCCUUUCGCCCCCGAGGAGAUCCCCCUGCCACCGCCCCUGCUAGAGCCGCCCAUGCUGGCACCAGCUUCCACUGCUGUGUCUGAGGAGAACCUGCCGCCCACAGCCCUCAAUGUGGUGCCCCCCGAGGUCCCCGGAGGCCUGGAAGAUGAAGCUAAGCCGAGACCCAUCAUCCCCAUGUUGUAUGUGGUGCCCCGUGGUGAGCGGGCGGCUGGUGACCGGGAGCAGCGCACCCCCCAGCAGGCCUUCGAGCACUUCGUCCAGAAGGAGCCGGCUGCCCCCAUGGAGCUGACCCUGCAGGAGGGCCAAGGUGGGCCUGGGCGCCCCGAGACCUCUGCCCGGGCCAGCGAUGUGCAGGCACCGUCUACAUUCUCGAAGUUAAAGAUGGAGAUCAAGAAGAGCCGACGCCACCCACUGGGCAAGCCGCCCACCCGUUCCCCCUUGUCGGUGGUCAAGCAGGAGGCCUCCAGUGACGAGGAGGUGCUGCCUUUCUCGGGGGAGGAAGACAUGAGCGACCCCGAGGCCUUGAAGUCGCUGCUCUCGCUGCAGUGGAGGAACAGGGCGGCCAGCUUCCAGGUGGAGAGGAAGUUCAACGCUGUCGCCGCGCUGACCAAGCCCUACUGCGCUGUCUGCGCUCUUUUCUACCCCUACAGCCAGUCCCUGCAGCCUGAGAAGGAGGCAGCCCAGGCCUCACUCGGGGAAGGGCCCUCGGCCGCUGCGCCACUCUCCAGAAGUGGCCAGAAGACGCGGCCACUGGUGCCCGAGAUGUGCUUCACGUCGAGUGGCGAGAACACUGAGCCGCUGCCCGCCAACUCCUACAUCGGGGAGGAUGGCACCAGCCUGCUCAUCGCCUGCGCCAAGUGCUGCCUGCAGGUCCACGCCAGUUGCUAUGGCAUCCGCCCCGAACUGGUCAACGAAGGCUGGACGUGCUCCCGGUGCACGGCCCACGCCUGGACUGCGGAGUGCUGCCUCUGCAAUCUCCGGGGCGGAGCGCUGCAGAUGACCACUGACAGGAGGUGGAUCCAUGUGAUCUGCGCCAUUGCCGUCCCUGAGGCCCGGUUCCUGAACGUGAUGGAGCGCCAUCCUGUGGACAUCAGCGCCAUCCCAGAGCAGCGGUGGAAGCUGAAGUGUGUGUACUGCCGGAAGCGUAUGAAGCGGGUGUCAGGCGCCUGCAUCCAGUGUUCCUACGAGCACUGCUCCACAUCCUUCCACGUGACGUGUGCACACGCGGCGGGGGUCCUCAUGGAGCCCGAUGACUGGCCCUACGUUGUGUCCAUCACCUGCUUCAAGCACAAGGCGGGCGCCCACACGGGGCACUUCCUGCGGGCCGUGAACUUGGGUCAGAUGGUCAUCACCAAGAACCGGAACGGGCUUUACUACCGCUGCCGUGUCAUUGGUGCUGCCACACAGACCUGCUACGAAGUAAACUUCGACGAUGGAUCCUACAGCGACAACCUAUACCCAGAGAGCAUCACCAGUAGAGACUGCAUCCGCCUGGGACCCCCGCCCGAGGGCAGCUUUGUGGAGCUCCGGUGGGCAGACGGCAACAUCUACAAGGCCAAGUUCAUCUCCUCAGUGACCAGUCAUGUCUGUCAGGUGGAGUUUGAGGAUGGGUCCCAGUUGACUGUGAAGCGCGGUGACAUCUACACUCUGGAGGAGGAGCUGCCCAAGAGGGUCCGGUCGAGGCUGUCGGUCAGCACAGGGGCACCCCAGGACAACGCCUUCUCAGGGGAGGAGGUGAAGGCUGCUAAGCGCCCGCGAGUUGGGGCCCCACGCGCCACCGCCACCACCACCACGGAGGACGCGGCUCAGAGCCCGGACUACCUGGCCUUCAUGGAGAGCCUGCUGCAGGCCCAGGGUGGGCCCGGAACCCCAUUCUAG